AUGAAGUAUGAACUCAUGCGUUUCAGAUCUCUGUUACUGCUAAUAACCAACCCCAGAAGGAACCUCCAGAGAUCACCUUUAGUUCUUGUUAGAGCAAUCGAGUUUUCAACAUCUGGAGCUAAACUACCCAACUGGGUUUCCGCUAACAAGUUCUUUGCUUCGUGUGAUCAUUCUGAAGCUGCUUUGGUUGCUUUUCUUUAUUACAUGAAAAUGUUGAGUUCAAAUACUUUCCCAGAUAAAUACACAUUUCCCGCCUUGCUACAGGCCUGUGGGCCAAUUUCUGAUCCAGGUUUGGUUAAACAGGUCCAUUCACAUAUUACGAAACUUGGUCCUGAUGAGGAUUUGUUUUUAGGGAAUUCGAUGAUUAAUGCCUAUGUUGUUUGUGGAGCGAAAUGUUUUGCCCGGGAGCCGUUUGAUCAAAUGGCUGAGAAAGAUGUCGUUUCACGGACAACCUUGAUUUCAGGACUGGUGGCAUUAGGUUGUUAUGGUGAAGGGGUUAAUGUUUUCAAGGAAAUGAUGAUGGAUGGUUGGACAAGGCCAAAUGCUGCAGCUUUUGCCUCUGUACUGUCUGCUUGUGGCGAUUUGGGAUCUUGUGAUCAUGCUAAAUGCUUGCAUGCUUUACUAGAGAAGGCUGGAUGGAUUGAGUUGGAUGUUUCCAUUCGUAAUUCACUUACAGAUGCUUAUACGAAAUGUGGAAGUCUAGAAAAUGCUACUAAGGUGUUCAAUGAUGUGGAAGAUUCUGAGAAGGAUUUAUAUACAUGGACUGCGAUAAUCUCAGGCUUAGUGAUGAUGGACAGGGAAGGGAUGCAUAUAUAUUUUUUGCUAGGAUGGAGCAUGAUUCUGGGAUAA